UGCAUUCUUUUGCAUAAGUUGUUUACAUUAGGAAUUUCAUUUUGACUAAAUGAGGUCCGAAUAUUCAACAGUAUAGAAUUGAAAUAUAAUGGCACCUCUCACGUAUCUUUUGCUUUCCCCUGCAGUCCCUUGAUUUUCCUGCUGUUACAAUCUGCAAUUUGAAUAUGCUGAAAGCUAACAAGAUAAACAAAAAAAAACUUCAGCAAUUAUUCAAGGAUUUGGAAAACAGACGCCUUGACCGGGCAGACGGGUUAUCUCAACAGCGAAUUGACAAAUCUAUCAUAAAUACAACCGAGGAAAGCAUGCAACAACAGAUUAAUGAAUUGGAAACCUCGGUGAAGGAAUCGCUAUUGUCCAAGGCAAAAAGUUCUGCAGAGAAAGAACUUUUAUCGAGUGUAAGUGUAGACACGUCGAGCUUAGACACGGCGUUCUUGGAUAUGAUUUUGAAAAGCGUUCCAGAGGAAGAUUUGGCCGAGAUAGGACAUGGCCUAGAUGAAAUGCUAAAGCACUGCCGAUGGCUUUCGUUUAGCUGUGGAAAGGGCAGUCUCAGGAGACUCUGGCGACAUUUCUGGCAUUGGAAGUAUGGCAAUUGUUACGUAUUCAACUCGGGCUUGGCUCAAAAUGGAAGCAGCUUACCGGUUAUGAAAGUAGAUAAAGCAGGGCCAUAUAGUGGUCUUGAGAUGGAUAUCUUUAUUAAUCAGGGAGAAUACACAGCACUGACAGACGAAGCUGGAGUUAGAGUUGUAUUGACCGACCAAACCCGAAUGCCAUUUCCAUUUCAUGAAGGCUUCAGUGUGCCGACCGGAUUUUCAACCUCGGUUGGAAUUAAAAAAAGAUACAUCCAACGAGUGGAUCCUUAUUCAAACAACAGUUGCAUCGACGAAAGCAAGGUGAAAAAUAAAACCGACAUCUACAAAGAGAAAUAUCACGUGAACUACUCUUGUCAGGCAAGUGUUUAUUAUGGACCUAGCCACUUGAUUUGUAGAGCGUUAUUUGUCCAUGAAGGUGUAAAUUCAUCAGGGUUGCCACGGUCAGGGAGAAGUCAGGGAAAAUUAGAUUUUAUUCAAGGUCAGGGAGUUUUGUAUCAGGUCAGGAAAUUUCUAAGUCCCUGUUUAAGGUCAGUAAAAAGUCAGGGAAUUGCUUGCAGAAUGUCAUGUUUAGCUACCAAACAAGUGGAAACAUGCAAUUGCUCUGAGCCGCGGUUUCCCACCAACAGUUCUGCAUGUUUAAGCGUACAGCAACCCAAAUAUACUUACAAUGUGCUUUUGUUUUUUUUUUGUUUUUUUUAUGCAGCGUCCAUUAACAAAAAACUUUCUUCAUUGAUUCCAUUUUUUUUUUUUUUUUUUGUUUCUGUCAAAUCAGACCAAUGUAUAAGACAGGUAGAAGCCACGUUCACAGCACUAGGACAGGACUGUGACACCAAGUGUCCCCGGCCAUGCUUAGAAAAUGUCUUCAGGUAUACAGUUUCAAGUUCUCGCUGGUCAAGGGCAUUCAACACAUUGAUUAAAAGAAAGUAUUUGAAGAUGGACUCCGUAGGAAAUGCUCUACUGGCAAGUGAAAACUUUUUGAGGUUGCAAAUUUUCUAUGAAGAUCUGAGCGUUUCCAAAACUAUCAACGAAAAAGCAUACAAGAUUGAAAAUCUCUUGGCUGACAUCGGAGGUCAGUUGGGCUUGUGGAUUGGCUGUUCUGUCAUGACCGUUGUUGAAAUAUUGGAGCUAAUAACAAAUUUGUUGACCUAUCUUUGGGGUAAGCACAAGGAGAAAUAAAAAGCUGGCAGCUGAUGACGCACCUUCCAGACCACGUACGAGAAAUCAAAAAUGUCGUAACACCUCUCUAUAAAAUCAAAAUAAAUAAAUAAAUAAAUAAAUUACUUUAUGUAAGCGUCAAAAUAUUUAGCACUGCUGUGCUAAUUGGAGGCACUGAAAAAAGAAAUUGAACAGAAACUUAACAGGAGUCUGAACAGGAGUCUUUUGCUUAUAAAUUUAUAUCCUGCUUUGAUACUCCUAUAUUUGUAUAUCUUUGACUGUGUAUGUACACUCACUUUGGCAAGGUGUAACUUAAAGUGAACGAAGACAAGAAAAACAUUAUCAAGAACAAAUUACGACGAAAAAAUCAUAUUGCAAAGCAGAUGAGUUAUCUGUGCAGACCUACACUGAGGUUGGGGCGAACUUAACCUCGCCUAAUUCCAACAUCUGGAGUUGAUAGUUCAAUGUAUAUUCGGCUUAACCCAAAUUCUCGAGGCAUUUAUACUCAAAUAUCUGAUCUUUUUGCGACUUUGUCCAGCAAAAUGAUCUAUUUAAUUGAACAGAUACACGUUUAACUGAUUUUUCUAAAGCCCUUUAAGGUAUUCCUGGAGACUAAUUUGAACAUUUUUCUCACAUAUCUUCAUACGUCAAAUCCAUCAAAAUAUUGGUUCAAAGUUGUUUAUACUUUCACACCUAAUACAGUUUUGUAUGUAGAUUCCCUAAAAAACAAUUUAAUUCUGAAAGGAUGAAAGGCAUUCCUGAAAUUUGAUAUUUUAAUGGACGAGUUCUAAACUUAUAUUCCUAGCGCUUCAAAGAGCUGUAGUUGUUAAUUUCAGAAACUGAAAAAGGUAGCCUGCUGAAAAUAUAAGUAAUAUUACAACCUAUUGUUGAUACGGAAAUGCGUGUGCAACACAAUUACACCCUACUAAAACAUACUGUGGGAUAAACGGUCGGACCUCUCUAAACAGACACCUAUAUUCUACGGACACCUCCAUAUAACGCCGGGACAGCGGACUCUAUAACAUAACCUCAGGUAGCAAAGUUAAUAUAAGCUCUCUCUAUCGCGGACACUAAUUAUGUAUGUUAAGUGCAUGAACGUGAAAUCGCAAUCAAUUACGAAGGUUCGACUUUAUUUAAUAACGAUGAAAAUUAAAAUUUAAAUGGCUGCACGGGAAGUAAAAUAACCAUAAUUCGACGCACACAAGAUUUACAAACAUUAUGGUAGAUGAGUAUAAGUAGUGGAGACUAAAAUAUGCAAUUUUAAGUAUAUAUGCAAUUUUAAACUUAAUGUAAAAUACUCGCUUUGCAUCUAGAUCUACUUUCUAUCUUCCAAAAAUUCGAACAAAUUAUGGCAAAUUUAAUAUUCGAUUUAAUGGACCUAAAUU